AGAUGAAAUUCAUUAUGUUUUCCAACCUAAUUGGAACACAUUUUGAGUCUCUAGAGUAUAUGAGGUAACAGGAUUAUGAUCUGGAGGGAACAACUGGAAUCGACCUUGAAUCUCCAUAUUGAUUAACUCCCUCUUACAUAUUCCUGAUUGCCAACACUCAUUCUAUUAUAAGCUCAUUUUUUACCUUCUAUUAUUUUUAGGAAUGUACAACAGAAGACCUGAAAGCAGAAAUUCACAAAUUACAAUUUUACUACAUAAAGUGUCAACUGGGUAUGAAGUAGUAGAGGUGCAAACAGAAUAACGAAAGAUGAUUCAAAAGCCUUCAACAUAGCCAAUUCCCCCAACUGUUAAAAAAGAAAACACCACAACUAACAUUACUUAAGAAACAACACAAAGCAAGGUAAUAAUUGGACUUCAACCUUUUAGAAGGAUUGGUUUUUGCAGAAUUGGGAAGCAAUAAUCCCAGCUCCUGCUCGUUGGUUUCAGAUUGAUUCCAUUCAUUAAAUUGAAAAGGAUUCCCUCCCAGAAUUUUUCCAUCAACAUUUUCACAAUGACAAUUCAUACUAUAAGGGUAACUAUAAGACUCCCCUUACUUACCUUAAAAUAAGGAAUAGCAUCUUAUAGAAAUGGAUAAGCACUUAAACAAAAUAUCUUAAAUUUACUGAUUGUCUCAAUUUUAUUAGCGGAGAUGCUUCAUCUUUGUUAAGAGUCUACACCUUCUUAGAACAUUGGGGAUUAAUCAAUUUUUAAUAUAAUCCUAAUAAUCUUCCAAAUUAAGGAUAAGUAUAUCAAUAAAAUGGCACUUUCUUAGAAAGAGUAAAGCUUAACUUCCAAAGCAAUCAAAUCAAUUUCCAUAGUGAUCCUCAUUAUGAGUAAGAAUUAUUAACAUAUAAAUAAAUAGAUGUCAUAUUUGUGACAUGAAGGCUUAUCCAUUCCAUCAAUAAAAGAAGGAAAAUUUAGCAUCAUUUCAAUUAUAACCAUUAUUGCUAUGUAAUAAUUGUUUCCUUGAAAAAAAAUAUCCUAAAUUUUUAAAAAACGAAGAUUUCUGUAAAUAUAAUAUUUCUUACAUUAUACUUAGCAUAAUUACAAUAGACUUAAAAAUACUCUCCAUGGACUUAAGAAGAAAUAUAUAGAUUAUUAGAAUUAGUAUAUAAACAUAAAGAAAAAUGGAAUGAAAUUGCAAAAUAUUUUACAAAACGAUCUUUAACUGAAAUUGUUAAAAUGUAUUUGUAAUUACCUUAUUCCAACUUAUUUCCAUCUUUGGAUAAGGAACCUUCCAUACCAAAAAAACCUUAAAAAGUAUUUUAUUUUAAAUAAUAAUUUAAAGGAACACAUUACUUUUCAUAAUGAUGUGAGUAAUCCAAUUCAAUUAGGAGUUGCUUGUUUCAAAUCAUAAUUAGAUAAACUUAAAUUACCUAAUAUUGAAGUUACUCAAAGUUAGGAAACUGAAAAAAUGGAUGAAAAUUUAAAGUAAAUGAUCUCGGUUUAAAUGGAGAAAAUAGAAGAACAAUUAUUAUAUCUUGAAACAUAUGAAUAAUUAAUCAAUCAAGAAAAAUAAUGUGUUUAAACUAUACAAAAAAAGAAUUUAUAGAUGUAAGUGUAGGUCUAAACUAAUAAUAUUGUAAGUGACAAUAUGAUGUUUUUAUGAAACCAAC